AUUUGGCUACAUACUGAAUAUUGAACAUCAUGAAUCAAAUUGAAGAAAAAAUGAACAAGUUUGCAGUUUGCAGAACUUUGAUUCUCAAGUUUGACACUUAUCCUCUCUUUCGUCAUUACGUUCUCUAAAGCCGAGUUGAAGAGGUGACUAGGUGAAACGCGGUCGCAUAAAAUUAUUAGUAGAGAAAAUGGUUUAAUUCGGUUAAUUACAAUAAAAAAAAUAUAGUUUGAAAAAUAAAUUAAAAUUAAUAAAAUAUAUAUUUCAAAAACAAUUUACUUAAAAGCAAAUAUCAAGAAAUUCGUUUGAAAGCCGUUGAAAAUAUUGGAAGAAGUUUUAAACAUUUUUUACCAUUUCUAUAUACAUAUGUAGCAUAAAAACCAAUAAAGCAAUACUUAAGAAUAAUAUGACUCGCAAUUUUUUUUCAUAAUUAUUAAUUUCAAGUUAUAUUAAAGUAAAAGUAUUGAUCUUGUAAAAUUGUGCAAAAGUAGUAAAAGGUUUUUGGCGUAUUUACUCUUUAAUACGAAAGAAAAUUUUUUAAUAAAAAAACAAUAUUUCAUUCAAUGCUCAAUAUUAACAUGCGUACAUGUUCAUAUGUUAUUCAUUUUGAAUGUAGGUAGGUACCUACAUACAUGUUUUGUAAUUAUGCAUAAGCAGGACCUACCUACCUAAUUUGUUAUAUAAAAUAAAAAUUGAAAAAGAAAAAUAUUCAUUUUGAAAUUUUAAUUAAAAUACCAGAAUAAAUAAAAGUUAAGCUUAAAUAAAUUUAUAAAUUUUACAGAAAUGUAAAAUUAUUAUUGCCAGAAAAAAUAACACAUACAUCCAGAGAAAAUACACAGAAAAAAUAAUACAUAUUCAUUAAUUGUGCAAAAAAAAAAUUAAAAGAACUUCAAGAUGUCAAUAAGUGUAGAAAAAUCAAUGUUUUUUACUUGUAUAAAAUUUGUAUUCUUUUAUACAAUAAUAUGGUGUAUAUAAAAAUUCUCAACAUUCAAAAUUGUGAGUGGAUAUGUGUGUAGGUCCAUAUGCAUAUAGAUACAUAUAUAUAUAAUAUUAUGUUGUAGAUUGAAAAAAAUAUAGAUUUUCCCAUGUUAUUUUGCUGUUAAAAGUGAUGUUGUUUUGAAACUGUUGUUUCUAAUAAUAGAAACGUGUAGAUAUAUUACUUUUAAAUUGGAUUAUACGAAUUCUUUACUCUGCUUCUGCUGCCGAUGCUAAAUAAACUACAAACUACUGCAGCUAAUGAUUUGUUAUACAUACCAUUCCUGUUACAAAUUUUUUUGUAAAGGAUAAAAGCGAAAAAGGAUAUUUCAGAACAAGAAAAUAAUACCACAUCACAGUUAAUGGAUAUUUUGUGCUUUUUUCUAGCAUAUAUGAUAUAUUGUUAAACGUUAACCCACAUUUCAUUACUUGUGGUAUUGAAACACCAAAGUAUGUUAUUCGAUGAAAAAUAGUGAAUAUUAGUAAUGUUGUAAGAAGGCAAAAAUUAUAAAAGGAAAGAAUUAAAGAAUAAAUAAUAUAAAAAUUAAUGUAAAGAAGAGAAAAUAAACCUAUACUGCUACCAAAAUAAUUAAUACUCAAAAACAACAAAAAUAAGUGUAGCUAUAACAGUGAUAUAUGAAUGAGAUACACAUCAAAAUAAUAAAAAAAGGAUAAAAUACGUGAAGGAUAAAAUACGUUGUGACUAAAAAAAGAGUUGAGUGUCUUAGAAGCAAAAAAAGAAAUUAAGUAAAUGGAGGGAAAAAACUUAUAAAUAGAAUUUUUGUAAGAAAGAUCGGAAAGCAAUCAGAAUAACAUACCUUAUUAUAACAUAUUUUUAUACAACAGGGCUAUACAAAUUCAACACUUCUUGAAAGAAGUUUGUACUCCAAAACCAGUGAAGUAAAACAAAAAGCGUAAUUUUAAACAAAAUAUGGAUAAACCACAAAAAGAAUAAAUUAAAAAUAGAGCCAAUAAACAAUUCGAUCGCGUCUUUUGACAUAUGAUUUAAUAAAGAGUGAAAUACAACACAAAAACCAAGAACAGUCUUAUCGUUUCCACAUUGUCUACUAAAAUCAGAACGAAAAAAAGAAAAUACAAAUAACGAUUGGAACUAAAAGGAAAAUCUGUAUUGAGUAAAUCCCAUUUUAUGUAUGCAGUUAGUGUUCUAUUACCAAUCCUGCGCUUCAUACCUGUAUAUGUGGAUAUAUAAAUUUACAUAUAUUUACAUACGAUAUAAGACUUUUUGGUGCAACCAAUUGUACAAUUUAUAAAUAUACGUACUUUAAACUAGGAAAAAGGGAAAACAUAUUAAAACAAAAAGGCAUAUACAAAAUGACUUCAACAAUUUUGUGGAAAGUUUUUGUAUUUUAUCUAAAUUUAUUUCUUAUUUUGAGUUUAUUCGCAAUCGGAAAUUUAAGUGCCUGGCAGGAUAAUGUACGGCCAAAAUUAUAUGUUGAAUUCGGUUUAGAUGAUUUACUAAAAUUCACUGGAAAUGAAUCAGUUGUGGAUCAUUUUAAAUUAGUAAUACGUGAUGGAAAUAGUCUGCUCGUUGGAGCAAGAAAUGUUGUAUAUAAUUUGAGUAUACAUGAUCUGACAGAGCAACAACGCUUAGUGUGGUCUUCGCCUGAGGAUGAUGUUAAAAUGUGCGUAGUGAAAGGGAAGGAUGAGGAAGCAUGCCAAAAUUAUAUUCGAAUAUUAGUAGUUACGUCACCCGGUAGACUGUUGGUAUGUGGCACAAAUUCAUUUCGUCCCAUGUGCAAUUACUAUCAAAUUAAUGCAAGCAAUUACACAUUAGAAACAACCAAAAGUGGACAAGCAGUUUGUCCGUAUGAUCCAAAACAUAAUUCAACGUCAGUGUUCGCAGACAACGAAUUAUAUUCAGGCACAGUGGCAGAUUUCAGUGGUAGUGAUCCAAUUAUCUAUAGGGAACCAUUGCAGACUGAACAGUACGAUAGCUUAAGUUUGAAUGCUCCAAAUUUUGUAAGCUCAUUCACUCAAGGAGAUUUUGUAUAUUUCUUUUUUCGUGAGACUGCUGUUGAAUACAUCAACUGUGGAAAGGCUGUUUAUUCUCGUGUUGCCAGAGUGUGUAAAUGGGAUAAAGGUGGACCACAUCGCUUUCGCAAUCGGUGGACAUCAUUUUUAAAAUCAAGGUUAAAUUGCUCAGUUCCUGGUGACUUUCCAUUUUAUUUCAAUGAAAUCCAAUCAGCAAGUCAUCUAGUAGAGGGUCAUUAUGGUCACUCUAAUGCUAAAUUAAUUUAUGGUGUAUUCACCACGCCAAUUAAUUCUAUACCAGGAUCAGCUGUUUGUGCUUUUUCAUUGCAGGAUGUUGCUGAUACCUUUGAAGGAAAUUUUAAAGAGCAAAGUGGCAUCAAUGCUAACUGGUUACCAGUGAACAGUGCUAAAGUACCAGAUCCUAGACCGGGAUCAUGUCAUAAUGAUUCCAGAACUCUUCCAGAUUUAACAUUAAAUUUUAUAAAAACUCAUUCAUUGAUGGAUGAAAAUGUCCCCGCAUUUUUUGGAGCACCCAUUUUAAUACGAACUAGUAUGAAAUAUCGAUUUUCCCACAUAGCUGUGGAUCAGCAAAUUAAAACACCCGGUGGUAAAACGUAUGAUGUGAUAUUUGUUGGAACUGAUCAUGGUACAAUAAUUAAAGCUGUAAAUGCCGAAUCUGCUGAUUCAAAUGAAAAAGUUUCUUCUGUUGUUAUAGAAGAAUUAGACGUUCUGCCGCAGAGCGAACCUAUAAGGAAUAUGGAAAUUGUUAGAACAAUGCAAUAUGAUCAACCAAAAGAUGGAAGUUAUGAUGACGGCAAAUUAGUUAUUGUUACAGAUAGUCAAGUUGUUUCUAUUAGACUACAUCGGUGUAAUAAUGAAAAAAUUACAAGUUGCAGUGAAUGUGUUGCGUUACAAGACCCAUACUGCGCCUGGGACAAAAUUGCUGGCAAAUGUAGAUCUCAUGGCGCACCUCGAUGGUUAGAAGAAAAUUAUUUUUAUCAAAAUGUUGCAACUGGUCAACAUGCUGCAUGUCCGUCUGGUAAGUUGUCAACAAAAGAUGCAGCAAAUUUAGGUGAACACAAAGGGUAUAACAUGGAUAUUUUGGGCUCACAACGACAAAAUAAAGAUCUGGAUAAUAUAAUUAACAUAAUGCAAGAAAAAAAUUUUGAGGGUCCCCAAAUUUCAGCAGAUAUGCUUGCUGCGCAGUACACAAUCGAAACCCUUGUUGUUGCCGUUUUAGCUGGUGUAAUAUUUGCUCUUUUAGUUGGCUUUAUUACAGGAUACUUCUGUGGGCGUCGAUGUCAUAAAGAUGAAGAUGAUAAUUUACCGUAUCCCGAUACCGAAUAUGAGUACUUUGAGCAACGACAAAAUGUUAACAGAAUACAAGCUGAACCGAAGUUACUGCCUCAAGUUGAGGAAGUAACUUACGCAGAACCUGUGCUUCUACCUCAAGCUUCUAGUCAGAAUAAAAUACAACAUUCACCGAAAAAUACAUUACGGAAACCACCGCCAAUGCAUCAUCAUGGGCCAAAUUCGGAGACACUUUUUCAAUUUCAACCGGAUAACUAUAACACGCGUGAUACAUAUCGCUGCCGGGAUAAUUUUGGCACUUUACGAUCCCAUCAAGUAUGUGGGGACAAUUACCGUCGAGGUGAUGGUUUUUCUACAACAAGAAGCGUUAAGAAAGGUCUUAACACAAAUACACGAAACAGAAGUCUUGGCCGCAUUAAUAAGAGGCAGCCGCCCCGUCAUGGCAUUGUAACUCAACAUCGUUCAACAAGUCCACAGAAUUCUAGUUCUGGUUCUUCACCAGUAUCCCAUAGCAGUUCUAGUCCAGCACCGCCAUCCAGUAGUCCUAGUCCACAAGAAAGCCCAAAAAAUUGCAGUUAUAUAUAUCGUGAUUGAUUGAUAUGCAAUACGAAAUCAAUGCCCCUCAUAUCUUCCUCUAAUUUAAAUCAAAAACCAAAUGAAUAUCUUGGAGAUCAUCACAAAAAGCAGAUAUACAAUAAUAUACCUAAAAAAAAUAGUUCAUUUAUCCUACAAACAUUUUUAAAUGAAAAUGCAAGUAUAAAUAAAAAACUAACUGUAACUAACAAGCCAAAUCGUAAUGCAGAGUCAAAAAAAUCGAAUAUACAAACAACUAAAAUUUGUAGCAAUUUCUCAACAGGAGAAAAUUUUUCACAAAUUAUUUCUGCCACAAGUACAUCGGGCGCUUUAACAUCAACGGGACGAAAUUGUAAUCGUUUACUUAAUGCUUUUAAAAGUGAUAAUAGUUUAUUAACCGGAUUAGAUAAUAAUUGUUAUAAAAUAAUUGAUCAAAAUUUAGCAAUAUCUAAUUUAUCUUUAAAUAGCGAUCAUAAUAUUGAGAAUGAUAAUGAAAAUGAUAGUGAUGAUUAUUCCGCGAUAACUACAGCUACUUUACCUAUUGGUGACUUAAAUUUUUCUAACUCUACGGCUAAAGUUCAAAACGAACAAACACAACAGCAACAACCGCAACCACAAAAACGUGGAAUGGCUUCAGGAAUAUUUUCAACACACAUGCUAAACGAAAAUUUUGCAAAUUUAAACCGUAAAUUGACCAAUUUAAAUCGCCGUCGACGACAAAAUCGCAAUCGGCACCGGCGUAGUAGUAGUUCUGGAGAUAACAAGGAGCUAGAUAUGUUAGUUCUUAAAUCAGUUGACUGGGAUGAUAAUGAAAGUUAUUAAAUAUACAAAAAUACAAUAUAUUAAAAUAUAAUUACUAUUUAAAAUUACAUUUAUAUAAAAAAAGCAAAAUUAAAUUUAUAUUUACAUUAUAUAAGGGCAUACAUGAAAAAUGACAAUUUCUUAAAAUAACCAAAAAAAAUUAAAAGUAAUAAAACUGAAACAUGAUAUUAAUAUUCAAAUACAAUUAAAUAAAUCUUAUAAGAAAACUAAAAAACACUAGGUCAAAUAAUAUAUUAUACAUAUUAUCAUUAAAUAAUAAAAGUUCAUAAAUAUUACUUGUAUCGAUAAAUUUUUUUAAUUAAAAUGAAUACCAUAAAAAAGAAUAUUAAAAUAUUAACAAAUGAAACAAAAAUAAUUAUAAAAUAACCUAGUUAUAGAAGUGUUAAAGAAAUAAUAUUUAUAUUUAUACUAAAUUAGUAUAAGUGAAAAUUCUGAUAAAAAAUUUUUAAAAUAUUUUAUUUCUAAACUUAAAUGUCAAAACCUAUGAGAUCAAACUUUUUUUAUUUCAGAUAUUUUGAUAUAAUACAUUAAUUAAAUAUGUAUAAAGUUUUGAAAAUUUGAUUUGAAAGGGUAUUCUCUAUAAUAUUUAAUUUAUUUUGAAAAUAUAAAAUACUUAGAAUUAGGGAACGGAACUAAGGGAACUAGGGAGCAUUCAGCAUAAAUUGAAUUUGUCAUAUUACAUACAUACUUAAAUACUAAGAGUCAGUUCUUGGUUAUUUAAUAUUCUGCAAAUUUUCAUACGCCGAUUAUAGUUUUUCGCGAAAUAAGUUACAGAUUAAUGCGACUUCAGUAUUGAAAUUUCUAAAUUAAAAAAAAAGAAAAGCGGAACUUACAUAAAGCUUGCAUGCAAUAUGCACUAUUGAGAUAUAUUAUUGUGUACUACUUACUGAAAGCGAACUUUCCUAAAUUUUUUUUAAAUUCAAAAUGUAAUGCUUAACAAAAUGACAAACUAUGUAUGUAGUUUUUAAUACAAUUUUUAUGAACAAAAUUUAAUUGUUAAAAAUACAGUUCUUGAAUAGCUAAUGAAAAUUUAUUCAAAAUUAUUUAUAAUUGAAAAAAAUAAAAUUGCAUCCUAAAUUAAAUAUUAAUUUUAUUUUUGUAUAAACAUAUCUAAGUACAUAUUUUUUUCAUAUUUCAAAAUAUUUAUGAAAAUUAAAAUUUUCAAAUCUUCAUAAAUUCUGAAUAAAAUAAAACGUCAAUAAUUCAACGAUUUUGUAGCGGCAUUGUCACUAUUAUAAUAUUUGUGUUUUAUUUAUACAAUCUAAUAUCAUUUGCAAAAUUGGUUUUGAGAUACCUGUUUAAAUUGUGCAUUUUAAUUUCAUGACGCUGGUAAUAAGAUGUUUUCGAAUUUUCAAUGCCAACUCGGGGCGUCAUUUAUUUCACAGAUAUUACAUGUAUGUUAAAUAUUCGGUUUGAAAUUUUUUGCAAAAAAAAAGCAAUUUUUCUUUAAAUUGAAACAAAGUAAUUCUCAAAACUUUACAACUGCAAUAAACAUUUCGCUUAAUAUUAUAUUAAAUUGUACAAAUCAAAUAAAAAGCAUAUCCGUUCCCUAUCUAAGAAAUAAUAGAAAUUAACUUAAAUCCUAUAAUAAACUAAUUGUUUAAAAAAUUAAUCUUUUGUUACGAAAUAAGAUUAUUGAAAUUAGUUGAGCUGAAGGUUUUUAAUGCCUAUCAUAGUGCAUGUUAUAAAAUAUUUUACAAAUUAAAAGGUGACUCAGGAUUUUAAGUUUUUUAUAUUAUAUUUUAAAUUUUGCAUAUAGUAAGCAUCAUAUAACAUGACAUAGGAACAUUAUAACUAUAAAUAUGUACAUAUAUAAAAAUACAUUAUCGGACAUACUUUUGUAUUUUAUAGUAUAUAUAUAUAUAUAUAUAUAUAUAUUUACAUAUAUGUACAUAUACUUAACAUUGUAGUAAUAUACGAUAAGAAGAUAAAACAUUGUUAGGGAUUUAGUAUUAAAAUAUUAAAAAUAUGAAUAGAGAUUUAAAA